GGUCUACAGAGGGCUUCAAAUUAUUUGCAACGUUUAGUAGAUCCAUACCCCUUAUAUUCUUGCAACAUGGUCGAGUCAUCGGUCUCUACUCCGUUGGAAGUUUAGUGCGUCAGGGCUCCUCGUGUUAUUUGGCUAUAUAAUUUGUAUCUUUCUCGCUCAAGAACAUUGCAUUAAAAUACAAUGCCAAAGAAUAAAGGAAAGGGAGGUAAAAACCGGAGAAGGGGAAAGAAUGAAAAUGAAACCGAAAAGAGAGAGCUGGUGUUCAAGGAAGAUGGACAAGAAUACGCUCAAGUUACGAAGAUGCUGGGUAACGGUAGACUCGAAGCUAUGUGCUUUGAUGGUGUCAAACGGUUAUGCCACAUCAGAGGAAAGCUGCGUAAGAAGGUAUGGAUAAAUCAAGGUGACAUCAUACUAAUCGGACUGAGGGAUUAUCAAGAUGCUAAAGCAGAUGUCAUAUUGAAAUAUACAUCUGAUGAAGCUCGUAACUUGAAAACUUAUGGUGAAUUUCCAGAAACUGUCCGAAUCAACGAUACUGUUACUUUUGUGGAAGAUGGACUUGAUGAGGACAUCGAAUUUGGUGAUGAAAUCAGUAAUGAUGAUGAAGAUGAUGUGGACAAUAUCUGAUGACCUACAACAUAAUAAUAAUAAAAUUACUAUUAUUAUGAAUAAAAUUACAUCACCAUACAGAAUGCAUGAGGACAGUUAUUCAUUUCAUGAAAUGCAAUUAUACAUCAAAUUUUUCUCCUA